AUGACCUCGAACUGUGCUGAAUCUUUAAAUAGUAUGAAUGCUUGUGCAAGACAGUACUGUAUUUCCAAAGUCAUCAAUUUUUUGCGUGAAAGAAUGCAAGAAUAGUUUAAAGUAAGGAAGGCAGUAGCUCAAUCUACAUGUACAAAGCUCUCUGAAAAAAAUGAAAAGCUUCUGGUUUCCUUACAAUUUGAAUCAAGUCGUAUGAAGGUGAAUGCAUCUUGUGAAUAUGAGUUUGAGGUUAUUGAUAGGAAAUGUAGACGCUUUGUGGUCAACCUUAAUUCAAGGAUAUGCACUUGUGGGCAGUUUCAAUUAGAUCAUUUUGUGUGUGUUCAUGCUGUGGCUGCAAUAUGUUCACGCCCUGGUCUAUCUUGUUACAGUUACAUAUCCUCUUAUUACACACGAGAACAAUUGUUGGCAACUUGGAGUGGUAUAAUGCACCAAUUGGAGAUCCUGAAGAUUGGGUCAUUCCUUCUGAUGUUUCAAGUACUAUUUGCAAGCCUCCUACCUGUUUGAAGCAACCACCAGGGCGUCCAAAAAAGUCCAGAAUCCCAUCAAUUGGAGAACAUGUCGGUUCCAAACGUCGGAAGUGUUCUCGCUGCAAAGUUUUUGGGCACAAUAAGAAGACUUGCCGUAAUGCUCUUUGAGUUGAUACAAAUUGACUUCAUUUACAUAGUUUUUAGAGUCCUUUAGUUUUUAUUAUCGCCAGAAUAAGAAGAGAUGUUAUUGGAAUGUUAGUUUCUAUAAUCAUAAGACUUGAUGACCUUAUUUUAUUGUUUACAAACUCAGUUUUACUUUUCAUUAUAUACUUAAUAAGAUUUGAUUAUUGAUCGGCU